AUGGUUCCUGCGGCAGUGGCUGUUAUCAUGCUUGUCGGAUAUAAUUUGCCUAGAGCUUUGUCUACCAUCCUUCUCAUAUUCUUGAGUCUCUUAAUUCGCUUCAUUCACCAGUACCGCAAAGCUCGCGCCCAGUUCCCGGGUCCUCCAGUCAAAAGCUUCUGGGUUGGCAAUCUUGACCAAACUAUGACCGACGACGUACACGAAAAGGUGCCACCACCCCCUUACAAAUUAUCUCGAAUCGUGUUGUAG